AUGAUUACUGUCAACAAAUACUCCUACCUCUAUCUUUCCUAACCUUAUCUUAAAAGUCAAAUGGCUUCUGAUUCUAACAUCUACAACUGCACAGCAAUCAACUAAUACUUUGAUACUUUUGCCUAUAAUGCUUCAUUAGUUCAGAAUAUCACUCUUUAAUCUCACAAUUAUCUCCAUAUCUCAUUUGAUGUAGCAUUUAUAAACAUUAAAGAAAUCUGGGGAGGUAUCACUAAAUAUGGUCAAGUUGAUGUGAACGGAUAGACAACUACAUUUUCAACAAAUGUUCAAACCGAUGACUAUAAAUGCAUGCCUAGGACUAAUAAGUAUUAUGUUGAUGGAAAAACAAAUGUUUCAAUGAUUUUGCCACACAGUGGAAAUCUCAACUUGACAUUUAGUACAAACAAUUUAGGUUCUAAUGCAAGACUAGGUAUUUCAAAUAUAGUUGUUGAUGGUAUUUUAUGUGGCAAUAAUGCAGAACUUGAUUAGAGUUCUUUAACUUGUGUGUGCAAAUAAGGUUUUAAAGAAACACUAACUUCUCAUGGAAAUCCUGGACAUAUUUAUUAUGAAAAAUAAUGUUUAUGA